AUGUCCGACUCGAGCGCCCCGACUUACGACCCGAUGCUGGACCAGCCGGCCGCCGCCGCCGCCGCCGCCCCCGCGGCCGAGGCCCAGCACUCCGAGCCCAUGGACCCGGUUGGCAUGGCCGGCUCUGCGGUCAACACCGCGGCCGAGGUGGUCGGCGGCAUCUCCGGCACCCUGGUCGGGGGCGUCCAGGCCGCCUGGGGCGCGCUCAACCCCCUGGCCCGGCGCCUGAACACCGGCUUCCACAUCGCCAAGCAGAUCACCACCGAGACCAUCGGCGUCACCCGGGCCACCGAGUUCAGCGAGCAGUACCGCCACCUGGAGACCAAUGUCCGCCGCCUGGAGCGCGCCCACAGCCUGCUCAUCCGCUCCGUUAACCAGAUCUCCGGCCCGACUCCCCUGGUCCCCGUGAAGCGCGUCAUCGGCGGCAUCUCCAGCCUCCUUGACGGGUCCAACGCCCAGGCCACCAGCGCCCCGGCCGAGACCUCCAACGCCCAGCAUGCCAAGGCCGUGGCCGCGCAGUUCUCCCAUGUGGCCGGGGUCCUGCUUGGCACGGCCCCCAUCUCCCAGACCCAGGCCACGCUGUCCCUGUCGCCGGAGACCCCGAUGCCGGAUUCCGCCAUCGACAAGGGCGCUCGCGCCAUGGCCCAGGCCUGCCAGCAUCUGGCCAGCAUCCAGGAGUCCUUCGGCACGGCCCACGCCAAGCUGAACGCCGAGAUCAUCAACCAGGUUGUGGCCCCGCUGCAGGACUCCCUCGAGCUCAUCACCAGCGCCCUUAACACCUGCCGCACCGCGGUCAACGCCCGCCUCGAACUGGAUGCCGUCAAGUCCCGUGUCAACCCCAACCGCGCCUCCUCCGAGGAGUCCAGGGUCGACCUGGAUAUGGCCCAACUCGGCUGCUAG